AUAAGCCUGACAGCCCUCGUAUUUAGCCGAGGCGCCUCCCUGCUAUUGGCUCAGUGUAAUGAAGCGGCGUAACCCCCCAGUAUAUCAGCGCCCAGCGUGUCACAGGCGCCGCACUGGCAGCAGCAGCAGUAGUGGGACGGCAGCAGCAGCACUGGCGGCAGCAGGCGGAGAGCUCCCCGGGCAGACGAGGACUCCCCCCGCACACAGAGCACGGACCCCGCAUGAGGAGCAUCCCGGCGACAUGGAGUGUUACUACAUAGUGAUCAGCUCCUCGCACCAGAGCAAGGGACACUGCCGCAACAUCAAAGGAGUUUUCAGAGGACCCCUCACUGGCAGCAAAACUCUGGACUUGUCUGAAAAGGAGAACACAAGGCAAAAUGCACUGGAAUCUCUGAAAGCAAAUUUCUACUGCGAGUUAUGUGACAAGCAAUAUUAUAAGCACCAAGAAUUUGAUAAUCAUAUUAAUUCCUAUGAUCACGCACACAAGCAGAGGCUUAAGGAGCUGAAACAGAGGGAAUUCUCUCGAAAUGUAUCAUCAAAAUUAAGAAGAAAUGAAAGAAAGCAAAAAAAGUAUCUGCAAAGGUUCCGCAAGUCGUCUGAUUAUAAAAGACAAACAACUUGUGCUCCAGGAAGUGGUCCCAUGUUCAAAUCAACAACGGUGACUGUUCAUGAUCAUGUACACGGGAGUCUUCAAAGCACUAUUGUCCACUCUGCGGAAAGUGACAACCCACAGCUGACCUCCCUCACAAGUAUUCAUAAUGACACAAAUAUAGCAUCUAUCCUUUUGUCAAGUUCUGAGAGCUCACAAACUGAUAACCAAAACCAUCAUAAGCACAUUCAAAAAGACAACAAACAUAAAAUAAGUUUCUCCUUUGCAUUUCCCAAAAAGACCCCGGUUAAGCUUGAAGCUUCAGCUGCGGUUUUCUAUGAGUUCAACGAAGACAAUUCGGGUGGUCAUGGCUUGGAAAAGAGAAGUGGAUUUGUGCCUAGGUCAUUUAGUGUUCACUCUCCUUUGCCUAUAAAUGCAACUUCAUACCUAAAUUGUGAUGAGAAAUCUUUGACAAUGCCUGAAAAGCAACCAUCUACAAUAUAUGCUCCUCAGGAGCCAAAUCAGAAACAAUCGCAUGAAAGUGAGAUGAGAUCUAAAUUAUCCUCCGAUGUUUGUCAGGUUAAAGUGCCUUUAGACUGUGAUGCUCAAGCACAACCUUCAAAAACAGAUACAUUCACUGAUUUGGAACCAAGUGUGGGUGAACAUCAGGUUGAUGAUGAGCAACUGUCAGUAGGAUACCAAAAGUUGGAUACCGAUCUCCUGGAAGAAACAAGUAGUGAUAUUCAUGUUGACCAAGCGAUAUUAGGCGGUGAUGAUGCAGGAAGUAAACCUCAUGAAAGUCCUACAGACAAUGUUUUUGACAUCCUUUUAUCAUCAAAUGAGGAUGAAAGAUUAACGCAAAUGAAUGAGAUGCCACAUAUGAGGCCAAAUGAGGCAUUUCAUCCCGUGCAAAGAAGAGAUGGCUCAAAAGUUCUUCAAUGGCCUUCUGAGAUGAUGAAGUACACCUACACGCAACCGUCAGUCUCAUACAGCUGUAACCCUCUACAUUUCGACUUUAGGUCAUCCAAAGCAAUAGAUCACAAAAAUCAACAGAUUUGCCAGAGCAACAAUUUGCCAAACCAGUCUAGAGAAUAUUGCCCAAAUACAGUUGACAGUGCCAGUCGUAGAUUGAGUUGUGACUCUGUUGUUACAGAGGUCAAUAACGACACAAUACACACAUGUUCUAAUAUGACAAAUACUCCAGGCAAUCUGAAAUGUUACAGUGUAAUCUGCAGUAUUAAAGAGGAUCAAAAGCACAACAUUUCAAGGUACCUUAUGGAUGAUGAUUAUGAAUUUGAAAAGAGAAAAAGUCACAAAAAGUCUUGCAGUACAAAGCAAAAAGGAAGUAGACGAAGGAAAUGCAAGUAUAAAGUAAAAGUAAGAAGAGGGUCCACACAAAGGCAACGUUGUUAUAUAAAUGGAGAUGCUCAAAGAGUCUCGAAAAAUUUACAACAACAUGUUAGAUCAAAAGACUUAUUUUGCUCAUUAAAAAAAUUUACAUUUUCCCGUCAGCUGCCACAUGCUGGGACACAGCACAAAGAAAGAGAAUUGUUAAGAAGACCAACACUGCAGAUCAAACGAGAAUGUGCGGUUUGGAACAUAGAUCAUGAAAGGGGGUUUGCCAAUCAAAUAGAAAACGAACACAGCAAGUACACAGGGUCUUUUAAUUACCAAUCAAAACUCUUGCAACUAAAUCAUUGCUCUCAAAACAUAGCUUAUUCUAAAACAAUUUGUAGCUGGAGUUCUGACAAAAUAGGCUCUAAUGAAAAACAUGAAACAUUUUUAAACCAUAGUUGUACUUUCAAAAGAACACGUCGAUCUGUCGUUGAUGAAAUUGAGAUGUCCUUUAAGAGACCCCGGCUCUGUAAAAAUGUAUCAUCUUCUCGACUGGUUGUUUUCCCAGAACAAAACAUUUCAACUGUGUCUAAGCCCAUUAGUCUAAAAAAUGUUCAAGCAGUUAAUGAAAGGAAAGGUAACAAUGCAAGAAAAAACUUACACUGCAAACUACCUGAACAUAAAUCUUCUUCCUACGAAACAGAGGAAUGUCUGUCCCACAACUACUAUGAGCUAGAUAAAGAGUCUCUAAAGGCAAAUGAUUUCCUUGAGAAAAUAGAAAAGAUAAAGCAAGUCGUAGAAAAUAAAUUAGACCAAUUAUGUAAGAGUUUGCUUGAUUUAAAGCAGGACAGUCAAACUCCAUUUUGUUCAGCUGGGAAAAGCAUCACUCAUGCGACUGAUGAAGGCAAUUCCCUCACAGUAACAGACUGUGAACCAACGGAAUCCCUCCUACAAUGUGACUCUGAGCUAACGCAACAGUACAGAAGUCGCUCAGCAUCACCGUUGAGACAAGCUUGCAACAAGCAAAGGAAAAAUGUUGUGCAAGUUAAUUCACAUGCUAGAGAAAUCCAAACAUCACCAGCAAAAGAACCACACGUACACACCAAAACAUCUAUUACAGAGCAGCUGCUGUCUCAUGUAACCCAUCCUUGCCAACAGACCCAUCUUCCAGAGAUAUAUUCUAAGAAACUUCAACAUCAUCAAAAGGUUGGAUAUGGUCCAAAUCCUCAGCCUAAUGUACUUCCCAGCAGGUUUAAAUUAAUAAUUCCUACAGGAACAAUCCAGACUUAUGCUACAGUAUAUCCAGUACCCUUAGAGCCACAUUUCUGUUCUGCCUCCGUAUCUAGCUUACAGCACAGAGUACCACAGCAGCUAGCGGUUCCAUUUGUAGCUGCCUCUGUUGGUAGAGUUACAUUUAUUGGUCCUCAACAGCCAUUUCUGUGUCCACAAACGCAAAGCAUCUCAAGAACUCCAUUCUAUCAAAUAACAAUGGAACCAGGCUUGUGUGCGGAAGAUACAUUUCCCUCUUCACCCCAAGUACCCAUGGUGGCAAAUUCUGUCCUGUGCCAUAUCCCUGUGCCUAUUCCACAUGUUCCCCAUACAAUAAUUUUUACACCUAUACACUCACAGCUGCCGUCUCUAAUUCCUUUACAUUCUCUUUUCUAAAGUGAAAUAUAUGCCCUCAAGUUAAGUAAAAGAGCAUCAUUCCAAAAAUAUUGGUCAACUUCAAACCUUCUAAAGAGGACUAGAGGAGAAGUUGCCGAUGGCAACCAAUCACUUUCUAGAUAUCAUUUAUUAAGUACAUCCUAUAAACAGAGCUGGAAGCUCAUAGGUUCAUAUGUGCAACGUCUUCCCCUAUCCUCUUUGGAAGGUUUGAUACAUCUCCCCCUAAUUACACUUGAUUACUACAAGAAAUGGACCAGGCAAGGGCAGAUCCCAUGUAUGAGAAGUCCCAAUAACUAUACCACAUGAUAAAGUAAGAGGAAAGCAACCCAACUUCGCCAAGGCUGAAAACUGCUGUACAACAGCACAAUAGCCAUAAUCUAUGCAAUUUGUGUAACUGGGCAAAGGUUAUGCUGUAAUCAAUAGUAACCAAUUAUAUUCUACAUCUGUUUUGUCUAGUACAAACUUGACUGCAAUAGGUUAUAGCACAUUUUUUAUGUGUCCUGUGUGCCGGUUUUGAUAACUGUCCCCCAAUGUGUUCUGUGUUCUUUCUGUAUUUUACAAAAUAAAUUAGGGAUUUCACGUAGUACCCCCACAUGAGAUCAAGUUUCCCAUGAAGACCCAUGUAUAGUGUUGCAUUAAUAUUUGCUGCCAGAACUCAUCCAUCACGUUUAGUUAAUGUGUGUCAGAGACUUAGGUAAGUACCACUGACCUGUAGAAGACCAUCACUUAAAACUGUUGUUUUUAGAUGUUUUGGCACUACCACAUCGUUCCCAGGCCCGUGAGUUCCUAAUUCACACCUCACCCUUGAUCUGCUCUCCAGGGAUUGAAGAAGAAUUUUGCAUGAAUACAACCAGAAGAAAAAAUGUAUCCAAAAUGCUAGGGGGCUCUUUAAUUAAAGUAUCUUCAUUGUUUAGCUAUGUGUAACAUCACAAUGUACUGUUAUCUUUUAUAUUUGGGUAUAAUGAAUUAUGAUACAAAAUAGACACUUGCUGUUUAUGGUACAUGACACGUGUUUUGUAUUUGCUGAAACCACAGUUGUCAUUGAUCAUAUUUUAAAGGUUGGUUCCACCUUUUAGCGUGACAAAAUAUCCAACAAUCAAUCUUCCUGUUACCCCUUAUCUGGACUGUGGAGGUCUUUAAACUCUAGCACCCACAUUCUUUGUCUGGAGGGGUCCCUAAUGAUAGUGGGCCCCAACAAACUAGGGCCCAAUUUGGAGUAGUCAUAAAAACAACCCUGGUUCAGCCUUACCCACUAUCCUAAUCAUCGCAAUUUUGGGGCAUCAAUACAAUAUAACAAAUGUGCAGCAAUGUUAUCAUAGAGGAGGGGGAUGGGGCAACAUAGGGAUGUGUUUGAAAUAUAUUCCAGCAAUGAAGACGGUAAAGGUGUAACAAUGAAGAUGAUGGGUAGUUUAUAGGCUUGUCUAUCCAAAUGAUGAAUUUAUACUGUACUUCAAAGAAGUACCAUGUCUGGAAUACUAACAUGGGUCUACAAUAGUGUGCUUGUUUUUGGGUUUUAUAGAUUCUGUCAGUGCCGGAUUAAACCCUGAGGCCCCUAGGUAGUCGAAAUCUCGGGGCCCCCUCCCAAAUUAUUUCCUAAGACGUUUUUAAUUUUACCAACCCACAGUCUACGAUCUGGAAACUAAUUUGAAUGUGAAGCCUACGGGUUAUAUACUUUAAGUUGGCACAUUACAUGAAUACAGUAUUUCACUAUAGAGUCUUUAAAGUUUAAAGUGGACGGAGAUAAAAUACCAGCCAACCAGCUCCUAUCUGUCAUUUUUCAAAUCCAGCCUGUAACAUGGCAGUUAGGAGCUGAUUGGCUGGUACUUUAUCUCUCUCCAAUUUAUCUCCAUGCAACUUCUUUGAGUUGAUUAAUUUUUUUCUAUCAUUUAGAAACAAUUUAAAAAAGAGUGAUUGUAAUUUUCUUUCAAGAUCAAAUCAAUAUUAUUUUGAUCCAUUGUCCUGGGGCUCCUUAGGUGGGUGCCUACUCUGUCUACUUGGUAAUCCGGCACUGGAUUCAAUGCAUUUUUUACAUGCAAUUAUAUGAAGUUUCUUUACGAGGGCGAUACGGAUGGCAUAAACUCAAAAUAUAUGAAUAAUAAUAAAAAAUUAUUUAUAGAAAAUAUGUGUCUUUUACAAACAUAUUCCUUUCAUUUUGUUAAGAAAUGUACACUUAUUUUACGCUUAGAUAUUUGCACUGCAUUUUGUACCAUUUUUUUAUGAAAUUGUUAAAUGACUGUUGAAUCAUCUUGCAAAACACUUGCGCUCAUUUACUAACAUUGCAUUCAGUUGCAGAAUUUGCACCAAAUCACCAUAACUCAUUAGCAAUUGGGCCUGUAUCUGUCUAGUGCAAGUUAGACCAUGAAACAGCAUAUCCAGGUAACUGCUAUGGUUCGGUGCAUGUUUUGCAUGUAAGUGCAGUGUUAGUAAAUGAGCCUCAUUGUGUAAACUGUUAAUAUAUGACAACAAAUAAAUGCAUUGAUUUUACAUAA